ACUCGGUUUGUAAACGCAGGUCGAGCUCAGCAGCUGGAACAUGUUUUAAUUGUGUGACGGUGGAGCUUUUAAUGCUUUACUUUGCUUCUUUUAUUUGUAUAUUUGCGUUGACCAGUUUUAUUAUAGACGGGUUUGUGUUAGAAAGGAACCGGAAGUGGGCUGUAAUAUCCCCGUUAUCAGCAUAAACACAGCUCUAUUGACAUGUCUUCAUAACAACGAGCUAAAGUGAGUAGGCCUACCGGAAGUGUUCUGCAGCAGGAUGAUCUCUCAGGUCUUCAUCUUGUCCUCUCAGGGAGACCACCUCAUCUACAAGGACUUCCGAGGAGAAGCAGGAAGUGAUGUUGUCAGUAUUUUCUACGAGAAGGUCACAGCGCUGCCUGGAGACCAGCCUCCGGUCGUCAUGAGUCAUGGAGGUCUUCACUUCGUCCACGUCAGACAGGGAGGACUGUACUGGGUCGCCACGACGACCAGCGCUGGCUCCUCCCCCUUCACCAUCAUCGAGUUCCUCAACAGGUUCUCCGCCCUGGUGAAGGAUUACUGCGGCAGCCUGACGGAGAAGUCGGUGCAGAUGAACUUUGCCCUAAUUUAUGAGCUGCUGGACGAGGUCGUGGACUUUGGCUACAUCCAGACGACGUCCUCUGACGUCCUGAAGAACUUCAUCCAGACUGAAGCCGUGUCCUCCAGACCCUUCAGUCUGUUUGACCUCAGUAAUGUCGGCUUGUUCGGAGCUGAGACUCAGCAGAGUAAAGUGGCUCCGAGCUCUGCAGCCAGCAGACCCAUCCAGUCCAGCCGAGAGCAGGGAGGGAGGAGUGAGGUCUUCCUGGACGUGGUGGAGAGGCUGUCGGUCGUCAUCGGCUCCAACGGCGUGGUGAUGAAGGCCGACGUGGAGGGAGAGAUCCGGGUCAAGUGCUUCAUGCCGAGCUGCUCGGAGAUGAGGAUCGGCCUGAAUGAGGAGUUCAGCAUCGGGAAGACCAAGCUCCAGGAUUCUGAUUCGUGAUCCCGUGUUGUGAUGCGGUUCCACCAGAACGUCCAGCUGGACGAGUUCCACAGCAACCGGGUCCUCAGGCUCUGUCCCAGCCAGGAGGAGCAAACGGUGAUGCAGUACCAGCUGAGUGACGAGCUGCCCUCAGCGCCCCCCUUCCGCCUCUUCCCAACCAUCGAGAGGGACAGCGGGGGCAGGCUGCUGAUGUACCUGAAGCUUCGCUGUGAUCUGCCACCAAAGAGCGCUGCCAUCAACAUCUGUGCCACCAUCCCCGUUCCCAAAGGCUCUGUGAGGUGAGACGCUCAUGUUUGUUUUUGGAAAUCCGUCAGGGAGUCGUCUCUGUGAGAGGACGUCAUAAAAAUGAUAACGAUUUACAUUCAAACAACAUUAACAAAGUGGGAGGAGGAGGAGGAGGAGAGGAGAGGAGAGGAGAGGAGGAGGAGGAGCUCCUCAUCUGUUAUUCAAAGGAAUGCAAAUGUAACCUAUGACGAUGGAAGAGACGAGUUUACUGAAGCGUUUAUCUUCAAAGUAGAGUUAGUGAAUGGAGACAGGAAGAGACAAAGAUCUCCUGACCACCAGGGGGCUCCUCUGGUUGUAUAGAAGUCUAUAUAG